AUGGAAGCACCGGUAAAGAUGGACGAAGUCACAAAUGGCGACCGAACGGCAUCGAGCCCCGUGGCAAAGAGUGAAGUGAAAGAUGAACUUAGCCCGGAAACCAUCUCUUCAGCAACGCCUGUAGAGCCGGUAGAAGAAGCAGAUUCCACAGAACUAGGCGUUAAGGAGACCGUAGGAGCAGCGGCACCAUCAGACCUUACAAAGAAGGACGAGGAUCGUCUCGAAACGGUCAAGUGCACAGAGCAAGACGUUCCAAAUACGGCACAAAUAGAACAGUCGACAACGGCACACUCGCCUGAGAAAGAUUCGACCGGCAGGAUGAUUGAUACCGCGGAGAAUCGAUCGAUGGAGGUCGAAGAACAGACUACGGUUCCGUCGUCCGCCGAUACAAAUGUGAGCUUUCUGGAACUGCAAGUCGCCGACGAUCAAAAACUCGAAUCAGAGGCCGUACAAAACAUCAAGGCCACUGCACUGUCGCUGCUUUGCCAGUACUCUGGCAGUUCGUCCGACUCGGAACCGGAAGCGGCAGGCGCGUCAACAGUAGCGGGGGACAAAAAACGGGCUUCGUCCUCCUCCUCUUCUGCGGACGAUGAAAGUGAUGACGAGUCUGUGAAGGCGGUCGACGAUUCUCUGUCGCAAAACUAUCGCGAUCAUGACAGCUCCAUUUUGGUCAGUGACGCGGAAACAAUGGACACAAAUGCCGUUUCAUCGGAUGACGACGAAGACGAUGGACGCACCGUCAGCAGGGAACCACUGCGGACCAAGGGAGAAGUACUGCCCCACGAGCUUCCUCCGAUCGAGGAACUGACCAUAACGGUGCCGGAAGCAGAAUGUAAGCUUAUCGGUCGCGUCGACUCGAUCGUGUCACAGAUUGUGCUGGUGCAAUCGUUGCACGGUGUGGAGCUUCUCAACCUCGACACGGUGCUGUUCCUGGAGCGUGGCGCACGCCCUUUGGGAAAAAUAUUCGACGUCAUCGGGCAAGUCAGCAGUCCGCUGUAUUGCGUGCUGUUUAACUCGAACCAGGAAGUGAUCGCCAAGAAUGUGACCGUCGGUAUGGAAGUGUACUGUGCUCCACGGACCGAGCACACGUCGUUUAUCAUCCUGUCCGAGCUAAUGCGUUCGAAGGGUUCGGACGCCAGCUGGAGAGAUGAUAACGAGCCACCGGCCAGCCUGUGCGAAUACUCCGACGAUGAAGCGGAACGAAGCGUAAGAAAAGGCCGCAAGAAAUGCCAGCGACCGGAGCCAUCAUCUAACGGAGCACCGAGCAGUCUACAACAACCGUAUCCGUACCACCAACAGCAGCCGCCGCCGCAGCAUCAGUCCCGAGCACCACACUUCCGAUCGUCAGCGCCCAACAACAGAAGAAAUUACUAUCCCCGCCACCAGCCUUCGGGGCACAGUUGGCAUCACAAUUUUAAUACUCCUCGUAACCAGUAUCCCCACCAUUGGCCGCAGCAACCACGGCACCCCUAUCCGCAGCAGCAGCAGCAGCAGCAGCAGUAUCCCCAAGCGAGUCCCCAGGGUUCUUCGAUGCUGCCAAAUCCGUUUGCGACGCUGCGACCACCGCAUCCUCCGCCAGGUCACGGACAGUAGAAAGAUCCGCGAGCGAAAACACAUUCGCAGUAUGAACAUUGUGGACA